AUGAUUUUUCAGUGUCAUGUGUGCGAUAAAGUCUAUCCUAAAAAAGGAAAUUUGAAUAGACACCUGUUAGAGGUUCAUGGACUGCAAAUAGAGCAGAAAAAAUUGUUUGUGUGCGCCCUGUGUAAUGAAAGAAGUACUUCUGAAAAGUGCCUGUUUGAACAUUUACGGUCGGCACAUGAGGUAGAUGUGAAAUCUGAAAUAUUACAUUUCAGCACCGCUGAUGAAUUUCAGAAGUGGAAGGAGGAAACUGAGCAGACAACGCUCUCAAAGUUCGUCAAACGUCGUGGUUCCCAUGCUAAGGUUGAUUCAGAAGUUGUUUCUUAUAUUUGUCACCGGUCUGGUAAGUUUGUGUCUAGAGGAAAAAACGUGCGAUGUCUUAAAUUGCAAGGUAGUAGUAAGAUUGAUGCACUGUGCCCUGCUAAGAUGAGAGUAGAUAUGAAAAAGAAUGGAACCUGCUGUGUGAAAUAUGUUUCAACCCAUGUUGGCCACAAAUCCGAGUUAUGCCAUCUGCAACUAACAAAAAGAGAAAGGGAAAGUAUUGCUGCAGAUAUAGCAAGUGGCAUACCAUUCUCUGUCAUAUUAGACAAAAUUCGAGAUACAGUUGUAGAUUCGAACUUGGAAAGGAUACAUUUGAUUACGAGACAGGAUCUACAUAAUAUAGAUCAGUCUUAUAAUUUGUCCUUCAAGUCAAUAAGACACCAUAAUGAUGCAAUAAGUGUAGAAGCAUGGGUAAAUGAAGUAAAUGGUGGAGACAGUCCUUGUGUGCUUUUCUAUAAACCACAGGAUGUAGUCCUUGAUUCGUACCCACAAUUAAAGCGCUCUGAUUUUGCAUUGAUAAUUAUGAACAAUGCUCAAGGCGAGAUAUUAAAGAAAUAUGGGAACGACUGCGUUUGUGUUGAUGGGACACAUGGUCUUAAUGGAUAUAAUUUUGAACUUAUAACUCUACUAGUGCUAGACGAUCUAAGACAAGGGUUUCCAUGCGCGUUUCUAAUAUCUAACAGGAAUGACUCCCAGAUGCUGUCCAUAUUUUUCCAGCACAUAAAGAGGCAGGUUGGAUCAAUUUCGCCAAAUGUUUUUAUGUCGGAUUUGGCCGAGUCUUUCUUUAUUGCAUGGAAUGAUGUCAUGGCAGCUCCAUCUAUGCGACUUUAUUGUACAUGGCAUGUUGAUAGAUGUUGGAGGAAGAAUAUCAAAUGUAAGAUUCAAGGUGUAGAAAAACAAGGUGAAGUAUACAAGCAAAUCAGAACUUUGAUGCAUGAGCAGGAUGUAGAUUCAUUUGAUGAGAUGUUAAAUAUUGUGCUAGAGAGAUUGGAAUGUGAUCCUGAUACAGUUCAAUUUGCCACAUACUUCCGAGACAACUAUGUUGGGAAUGCAAAUUCUUGGUCAUAUUGCCAUAGAUUGAAUGCUGGAAUCAAUACCAACAUGCAUAUAGAAAGAAUGCAUCGCACUAUUAAAUAUAUAUAUCUAGGUAGUAAAUGUGUCAAGCGUUUGGACAAAGCUAUUUUUGCAUUGAUGUCAUUUGUGAAGCACAAGCUGUUUGACAGGCUUAUUGUGCUAAAUAAAGGUAAACUGACGAGUAAACUUAAGGACAUUCGGCUUCGGCAUAAAUCAGGGAAUAAUAUUAAGGAGGACUUCAUUACUAUGGAGUUUUCUGGUUGGAAAGUGCGUUCUUCUUCAAGAAGGUCAACAGAUUAUUUUGUAUAUGAUAAUGACUUUCAGUGCAACUGCAGAUUGAUGUGCAUUAAAUGCAGGGCUUGUAUUCAUAGGUAUUCUUGUACAUGUAUUGACUAUACCAUCAAAUGGAAUAUGUGCAAGCACAUACAUAGUGUUUGCCAGAUUCAGUUAAAGCAGCAACCUUCUGAACACCUAAGAAAUAGUGAAGUUACACUUACUGAGAGUGAAGAUAUUUCUGUUGUAGACGAGAAAACAGAAAUACUAGCGGAGGUAACGAAAAAAAGUGUUAAUGAUUCAGUACCUUUGCAACUGUAG